AUGCAACAAAUAACUGCUUUAAUCACAGCAUUAUUAGCUGUGAUUAUAUCAAUUAAUGCAAAAUCAGUAUUACAUGAUGGUCUCCCAGCAAGAUAUCAUGUUAGUGGUGUUAUUCAAUUACCUUAUGCUGAAAUAAGAGAACCAUUUGAAUCAUGGAUUGAUGUUCAAGCUGGAUUUUCACGUAUUGAUUAUUAUGGCGGUGCAGCAAAAACUGUUCAACGAAAAGGACAAGGUGGUCAAGAUGUUGGAGCUAAUUAUAAAAUUGUUCCAAUGUCUGAUGAACAAGUUUUAAAUAAAAUCAGUUGUUUUCAAGCUAAUGGUACAUCCGAUGAGCCAGUUGAUGUACAACAUACUAUUCCUGAUUUUACUACAUUUCAAGAUAUGGGUCCAGCUGAAUGGCGUGGAAUCAAAUGUCAAAUGUAUCAAAGUGUUGAUCAAGUAGGUGAUAAAAAAUCUACAUAUACCUAUUAUGUUAACAUUGCCAACAAACAUCCAGUUCAUUAUGAAAUGUUCGGUUACGAUUCAUUGAUUGGUUCACAUUUUGAUAAAUAUACCAUUGAUUAUUACAAUUAUGAUGAAAACACAAUUGAUCCAACUGUAUUUCAUGUUACUGAUGCAAUGACAUGUACUGGAUUUCCUGGUCCUGGUCUCGAACAUACAUCUCCACGGGUUUUAUUUAAUCCAAUGAGUGAAUAUAUCAACAGACAUGGUGAAGAUCAUCUUCAAUCAUCAUUUGAAAAAUUUAAAAAUAAACACGGACAUAAAUAUGAAAGUGAACAAGAACAUCGUCAUCGUUUGAAAGUUUUUCGAAAUAAUGUUCGUUAUAUCAAUACACAGAAUCGUGCAUCAUUACCAUAUAAAAUGAAAAUAAAUAAAUUUGCUGAUCGAACAGAUGAUGAAUUACGUGUACUUCGUGGUCGUCGUCAUACUAAAGGCUUUAAUGGUGGUCUUCCAUUUCCAAAAGAAGAAUUAGCAAGCAGUAAUUUAGCUAUUCCAGAUUCAAUUGAUUGGCGUAUUAUGGGAGCUGUAACACCAGUUAAAGAUCAAGGUAUAUGCGGUUCAUGUUGGUCUUUCGGUACAACCGGUACUAUCGAAGGUGCCUAUUUUGUUAAACAUGGAACAAGUAUUCGUUUAUCAGAACAAGAUUUAAUUGAUUGCUCAUGGGGUUUUGGUAAUAAUGGUUGUGAUGGUGGAGAAGAUUUUCGUGCAUAUCAAUAUAUAAUGAAACAUAAUGGUAUUGCAUUAGAAGAUGCUUAUGGUCCAUAUUUACAAGAAGAUAGUUUCUGUCAUCAUGAUAAUACAACAAAAGGUACAAAAAUUCUUGGAUAUGUUAAUAUAACUGAAGGUGAUGAAGAAGCUUUAAGAAUUGCUAUUGCAACAAAAGGACCAGUAUCAGUUGCUAUUGAUGCUGCUCAUAAAGGUUUUCUCUUUUAUGCAAGUGGAGUUUUCUAUGAUCCAGAUUGUGGUAGUUCACCUGAAGCAUUAGAUCAUGCAGUACUUGCUGUUGGUUAUGGUACAUUAAAUGGUCAAGAUUAUUGGCUUGUUAAAAAUUCAUGGUCAACCUAUUGGGGUAAUGAUGGUUACGUACUUAUGUCACGUAAAAAUAAUAAUUGUGGUGUUGCAACAUCUGCAACUUACGUUAUUAUUGAAUAA